AUGCGUUCUACAUUCCUUAUCACCGCCGCCGCCAUUGCUACUGCUGUUUCUGCUGCUCCUGCUACUUUACAAAAAAGAGCCACUACUGCACAAGUUAUCGAGACAUGCACUGUACCUGGCACUAUUGCUUUGACUUUCGACGAUGGACCAUACGAAUAUACUUGGGACUUGGCCGAAACACUCAAAAAAAAUGGUGUUAAGGCCACCUUCUUCAUGAACGGCGAGAAUUGGGUUGAUGUUAACACUCAAAGUGUCCAGACCAGUGCUGGUAAGAAGACCUACAAGCAAGUCAUUAAGCACGUCUACGAUAUGGGACAUCAGCUUGGCAGUCAUACCUACCACCAUCUCGAACUUGCAGGUCAAAGUACCAGCAAAGUGAAAUCAGAAAUGACCAAGAUGGAGACCAUCUUCCGCUCUAUCAUUGGUAAAAAUCCUUUGUACAUGAGACCUCCUGCUGGUGCUUAUGACUCCAAUACUCUCAAGACCCUAGGUGGUAUGGGCUACAAGGCCGUCCUCUGGGACAUUGAUUCUAACGAUUGGAGAUACAGCGAAAUCUCAAGUCUUAGCCAUGAACAAGCCAACUACAAGAGUGUCAUAGAAAAGGACUCUAAAACGAAGCCUCAUGGUCACAUUGCCCUCCAUCAUGACGUUUAUGAAAAGACUGCUGAAAAAUUGGUUCCUUGGGUUAUUUCUUACAUCAAGAGCAAGGGUACUUAUAAGUUCGUUACUGUUGCUGAAUGUCUCGGUAAUACUAAAGGUAGUGCUUAUAGAACCAAGCAAUAG